AUGGCAAUUAGCAAUGCUGAAAGAUUAUCAUCAAUUACACCAUGUGCCUAUCCAUUACUAUCCGAUACGAUUCACUGUGGUAUUGAUGAUGUAAAUUUACAGAAAAGUGUUCCGGUUUGUGAUCCUGAUAAAGCAAUUAGUAUGUCAGAAAUAGAAGUUAUCAAAAAUAAACUUGAAAGAAUAUACAAUCGUAAAAACAAUUCUUGUAUUUGUGGAUCCGAUCAGGUAAAACCAUGUUGGUUUCGAUUUGGCUUCGCAUUUUUAAGGCGAAUGUUUCCAGUUGAAUCCGGUGUUUCAGAUCUUUACAGUCGUGAAUUUUGUCCGACAAAUAAAACGUUGCUAAGUUAUACGAAAAGUUAUACAUUAAUGGGUUCAACAAGGGAAACUAUAAUAAAUUAUGGUAAAAAUUUUGCACGUCUAUUACGUGAACGUUGGUUAUUGGGUAAAUGUGGUGAAGAUAUUUUAUUUUUUAUCUUACUUAAAAGGCCAAAUCAGCUUAUGCGUAGGAACACAUUACCGUAUUUAACAACCGGAACAAUUCAGCAAACACCGUAUAUUUUUGCAUCGUAUGGCUCAUUAGUUCGAGAGCGAAUUGAUCCAUUUAAUACAAUGCCAAUUAAUGACCUCUCAAUAAAUCAACAACAACAACAUUAUUCUGAUCCAUUACAAGAAAUUGUUGAAGCGGAAAAUGUAAAUUUCGAAAAUGGCUAUUCUUUAAAAGUGGUAACAGAAAAUUUAUUGGAUCGAUUUGAGGAAAAACUUUCACAAGAAUAUUCAUUGCCACAUACUCGAAGUCAUAUACCAAAUUGGGCAAUUACUGUAUUCAUUACAUGUGCCUUGCUUUGUCUUUUGAUGACACUUGGUUUAUGUUUGAUGCAAACAUCGGUGCGACGUGGAUCACCACGUAAUAAACCAAUUGAUACAACAAGAAGAUGGAAAGCUGGAUUUGUUGGCGGUAAAUUUCUAGCCGGAUAA